AUGCCCGCUCUCGGCCUCUCGCGCGCCGCGCGCCCCGCCAGCUCCAUGCUCCGCGCACCUCUUGCCGCCCGCACCGCACCCUUCACCGCUCGCGGCUUCUCGCAGUCUCUCGCCAAGCGCGGCGGCGGCCACGAGUCGCACUACGAUCCCCCUACCGGCUGGCUGUUUGGCGUCAAGCCCGGCGAGGAGUACAAGAAGGAGGGGUGGGAGAACGUGACGUUCUAUGCGUUUAUUCCGAUGAUGGUGCUGUUUGUGGGCUUUUAUGCUUUUAAGCCUGAUACUAGCAUCCAAACAUGGGCUCUUGAGGAAGCUCGCAGGCGGCUCGAAGCAGAAGGCAUCCUGGCCGACCCGGACGUCAAGAAAGACUAA